AUGGCCACGUCCCACGCUCAGCACAGCGGACUCGACGCCCAUAGGGCCUCCCGCGUGUUCUCGGAUUCCAGCCCGCGAUCGGCCCUCGCUGCCCCCACAGUGCCCUCUGCUGAGCUGUCAGACUGCCAGCUGGAAGUAUCAGCAGCCGUGACGCAUGUCCUGCGUCAUGUGCAGGCAGGGGAGGGCUGGGCUGUCCUAAGCCCCGCCUCUGUCCUUCCAGACCUGUUCACAAGUGCCCACAAGGACUGCCCCGUACCCCGGAGCACAGUCCCCCUGAGCCCGGACCUGCCCUGCAGCCACUCACCCACUGCUCCAGACCAUGUCACUGGCAAGGACAAACAGAUGGAUUUCUGUUGGGAUCCUUGGCAGAGGUGCUUCCAGACCACCAACGGCUACCUGUCCCACUCCAGAUCCUGCUCCAGCAGCUACAACGUGGCAGCCCUGGCCACCUCGUCCCUUGUGGGGGUGGUGCAGAGCAUCAAGGACCACAUCACAAAGCCCACGGCCAUGGCGCGCGGCCGCGUGGCCCACCUCAUCGAGUGGAAAGGCUGGAGCGCCCAGCGCUCGGACUGGGAGCUGUCCCCCGCCGAAGACGAACACUACUGCUGCCUCCCAGACGAGCUGCGUGAGGCCCGCUUUGCUGCAGGGGUCGCCGAGCAAUUUGCCAUCACGGAGGCCACACUGAGCGCCUGGUCCUCACUGGAUGACGAGGAGUUGCACCCCGAAAACAGCACCCAGGACGUCGUCCAGCUCCAGGACCUGGAGAGCAUCUACCUUCAGGACAGCCUCCCGAGUGGCCCCUCGCAGGAUGACAGCCUGCCGGCCUUCUCCUCGCCCGGCCUCUCCCCUGAUGACUGGCCCUCCCCUGAGGAGCCCCCCAUGGCAGCUGCCGGCCCACGGCCCCCCAGCCUGGAACAGCAGCAUUGGACGCGGCUGCCAGGGGCCCCCGAGCCUGAGGGCAGGGCCCCCCCUCUGGACUCGCUCCCCGCGGCGGACAGCGGCUCCCUCUGGGAGGAGGAGGAUGAGGUGUUCUAUAACUGA